AUGACGUGGCGCAAUCUGUGUGUUAUAGGGCGUCCUCACACGGGUCAAAAUAAAAGACUCGGUCGGGGGCGAUUGCAAGAGGAUCGGCCAUGCGAACAAGAAGAUGAUGAGUGCGGGUGUGAAGAAGCCCAACAACAAAAGGGCCACGGCGGCCGAUCCGACCAGCCGAGGCAAUGCCGACGCGAAGAAGAGGAAGAGGGAUCCGGAGAGCCACGGAGAAGAGAAUCUGGUCGACCGUGCUUACGCCCUGUCUUUGCCAAGAUUGCACAAGACGAGAUCGACAGAGAGUCAGCUCCCCGCCCUGUGCAAAUUCCUACCAUCGCUUACUUCAAACCUCCGACCUUGUUUCACUCUGAUGAGCUCUUUUCUGUCCGUCGAUCUGGAAAAAAGGCCGUCCUCUCGGCUGCCAAAUUUCUGUUAGGGGUUUCAUCCUCUCUUGAUGGUGAACCGCUAAGACGGUGCUCUGGCCUCUGGGUUGAUUGGGAUGAGGAGAGCAAAACCGGCCUUGUUCUGACAACCGCGCGGCUGAUUCGCACAAAGGAUGCUCCUGUCAGCGUCUGGUCAGGCGGUGAAGAGUAUGCUACAAAUGCUCAUGUCACUGUUCAUUUGCUGAAUGGCACAAGUGCAAAGGGCCAGCUGGUCUAUCACCAGCCCCACUAUGAUCUCGCUUUGCUGAACGUUCAGGUGAAUCAACCAAUCAAGUUACCAUCUUUUAAUGAAAAAGAUGUAGAAUUUGCUUAGAAGGUUUUUCGGCUCGGAAGAGACAAUUCCUUAAAUCUAAGGAUAACAUAUGCUAGAGCAGAAUAUGUGAAUCCAACCAUGUAUGAGCGGCACCACAAUGUGUAUUUAUGUUCUCCAGAUGGCCAUUGCAAUGAUAAUGAGGUAAUAUAUCAUAUUAUGAGAUAGUAUUAUAUACAUUUGUUACAAUUUGAGUUUUGUUUGAUGACAUCUUUUUGUUCUAUAUUGCAAUAUACUAUUAUAACAUGUUUGUUGUUCUUGCAAACUCUCGUAUGUUGCUAGUAUGAAUUGUUACAGUAUGACAAUGGGGGGCCGGUUAUUGACUUUGGAUGGAAAAGUUGUCGGAAUGGUCAACGACCCUGAGAGAUUUGAGUCUUUUAUAUCUUCUUCCAUUUUGCUCAAUUGUUUGGAUUCAUGGAGGAAAUAUCGGCAUUUUGCCUGGCCCCAUCUUGGAAUGGCGUUUAAGGCCAUCGAACUUCUAGAACCUGCUCAUAUUGACAUGUUGUGGCGUAUGUAUGACAUUGAUGACGGCCUUGGUGCUCAAUUUCUCAUGCAUGUAGUGGUUAAUUAUUUGGCAAUUGAACCCUAGGUGUCAAAGGGAUCUAAUGCUGAGACACUCGGAAUCCAAAAAGGUGAUGUUAUUGAAUCUAUCAAUGGAAAGCAUGUUUUUACCACAAUUGAGGUGGGUGUAUUAAUGAGCUGAAAAUAAAUUACAUGCGUGAUAGUUGGUGCCUUCAUGGUCUUGACUGCAAUGUUUUUUCUAUGCAAUUAUU